GUUGGGUCAGCCACACCUACAGAGUAGACAACAGGAGAAACAAAAGUGAAACAAAAUAAGUCCAUAUUUGGAGUUUCCUCCUGAAGGUUUUAAUAAGAAGCAGGAUGAGAUGCAGGCGGCAUUCUGAGGUGGACGCAGCCAGAGGGAUUCUGACAGCAACAUGAGCAGGUUACAGUGGGCUGAAGCUGACUUCGAUCCUCCUCCUGGAGCAUUUCGAUUGCUUACCCCGCAGCCGGAUGACAACCGAACCUACAUCAUGUAUCAUGGCACCACCCAGACCAGUGCUCAGGGCAUCCUUAAAAAUGGUUUCCAUCAAUCUCAAGGUGGGAUGCUUGGUCCUGGGGUCUACCUCAGCAGAGACCUGGAGAAAGCCAGUCGAUAUCCUAUUGAUCACCCUGAGUGGGACAAGGUGGUCAUCAAGGUUAAGGUCAAUGUGGGGAAGGUGAAAGCCAUCAAUUACCAGAACCACCCUCUGCAGAAGACCUGGCAUGAUAAGGGAUACGACACCGCCUGGGUGCCGCCCAACUGUGGGAUGGUGAAGAGUGGCCUGGAGGAAAACUGCGUCUGGGAUCCCAGUCGAAUUGAGAUCAUACAGUUCAUCAGACCCACUGCAGUCCAACCUGGCUAUUGUAUGGAUUCUGAUACCAACAUGAGGAGGUUACAGUGGACUGAAGCUGACUUCGAUCUUCCUAUUGGAAUACUUAGGUUGCUUACCCUGCUGCCGGCUGACAAACGAACCUACAUCAUGUACCAUGGCACCACCCAGAGCAGAGCUCAGAGCAUCCUUAAAAAUGGUUUCCAUCAAUCUCAAGGUGGGAUGCUUGGUCCUGGGGUCUACCUCAGCAGAGACCUGGAGAAAGCCAGUCGAUAUCCUAUUGGUCACCCUGAGUGGGACAAGGUGGUCAUCAAGGUUAAGGUCAAUGUGGGGAGGGUUAAAGUCAUCAAUCGCAAGAACCACCCUCUGCAGAUGACCUGGCAUUAUUAUGGAUAUGACACCGCCUGGGUGCCGCCCAACUGUGGGAUGGUGAACAGUGGCCUGGAGGAAAACUGUGUCUGGGAUCCUCGUCGAAUCGAGAUCAUCCAGCUCAUCAGACCCACUGUUAACCCAGUCCAGCUGGCUUUUCAGAUUCUUCACAUAGUUACACAUGAGUCUGUGCCUCACCAGUCAUUAAACCCUCUUAAGAUUAAGUGGCUCAGAACGUCUCAACUCGACUCCAUGUGGUUUCAUAAACAGGACAAACAGUACAGGGUCACAACAGCCAGCAUCAGAUUCCUGCUUAGGUGGAUGCUGCUCCUCCGGUUUGAGGACUUCCUGGAAAGAUCCUUCCUCAGGCAGCUGCUCUCAGUCUCCUUGCUGCUCCUGGGUCUCCUACUGCCCAGCUACCCUGUGGCUCGGCAACCCAUCGCUCACCUGCCUGUCCACCCUCAGCCUGCUGUGGCGCUCCCAUCAGGUUCUGUCACAACAUCCAGCAUCGGGUUCCUGCCUCGGUGGCUGGUGUUCCACCAGUUUGAUGACUUCCUGGAAAGAUCCUUCCUCAGUUCCACUGAGUUAGAGAAAAGAGAAAAUCUGCUGAAAUCUGUGUUUUUAUUAGAAUUUAAGCGAAACUGGAUUAAACUGAUAGAUAAAAGGCUCCGUUUCUUCAACAGGGAUUCUGACAGCAACAUGAGCAGGUUACAGUGGGCUGAAGCUGACUUCGAUCCUCCUCCUGGAGCAUUUCGAUUGCUUACCCCGCAGCCGGAUGACAACCGAACCUACAUCAUGUAUCAUGGCACCACCCAGACCAGUGCUCAGGGCAUCCUUAAAAAUGGUUUCCAUCAAUCUCAAGGUGGGAUGCUUGGUCCUGGGGUCUACCUCAGCAGAGACCUGGAGAAAGCCAGUCGAUAUCCUAUUGAUCACCCUGAGUGGGACAAGGUGGUCAUCAAGGUUAAGGUCAAUGUGGGGAAGGUGAAAGCCAUCAAUUACCAGAACCACCCUCUGCAGAAGACCUGGCAUGAUAAGGGAUACGACACCGCCUGGGUGCCGCCCAACUGUGGGAUGGUGAAGAGUGGCCUGGAGGAAAACUGCGUCUGGGAUCCCAGUCGAAUUGAGAUCAUACAGUUCAUCAGACCCACUGCAGUCCAACCUGGCUAUUGUAUGUAAUUGAUACAUUUCUACAAUCAAAUAUAUUUUGAUAUAUUUGGAUAAAAAUAAUUUUGUACUCUUUGUCAUUUUGACCUGAAAAAUAAAAGACUUUAAAGCUG